CUUAAAAGGUGCAAAAAAAAGUCUUUUUCUUGCAAAAAGAAAAGAUAUUGCUUUUCUUUCUUUCAGAAAAGAAAAGGUGCCACUUUUCUUUUUCUUAGGAAAGAAAAAGAUAUACAUUAUAUCUUUACUCUUUACUUUUGAAAUAAAAGAUACCACUUUAACGUUACUCGGGAAAGGAACGGGAAAGUGCCACCCCUAGAGCAUAGAUGGUGUAAACUUUUCUCCACGAAUUUACGGAUGAUAAGCUUUCUUUUAAGAAUCUCAUUCAAUUUAGGAAAAUAGAUGUUUACUAAUUUAGAAUAAUUUUUUAUCAAAAUUAUAGUUAGUGAAACUUAUUGGGUAUCAGGUCCAAUAUUAAACUUAAAUCCAUCCAUACUAUCCGGUUGGUCAAUGUGUUAUAACGAUACAUAUGCGUCGAGAUCUGCAUCUAAAUCCAAAUUCCCGAUAACCGAUUCAUUGAAUAGUCAAUGUAAUAAACAAAAACUAUUACUUGCUUGUCGAUUAGUGCGUGCGUCAACAUUUACAUUAGCUGCAAUGGGUAUGAGAUCCGACGUUUUGUUUAAUUGUGAAUCACGCAAAAGCUGUACCCAUCUAGCCAAUGGUGUUGGAUGGUAUUAUAGCGCAACACACUCUUGGGGUUUUGUUAAUGGAACCGAUUCUGUUUAUCGCGACAAGUGUGAUAAGUCAACAGCUAAAAAUUCGCAUCUUCGUUUAUGUUGGCAACCAGAUGUUGGUGAAGGUGGAUAUCGUUGUGGAACAGCAAAGUCAUUAAAUGAUAAGCCAACUUGGGAACGAACAAUAUGGCACGCAGAUUAA